GAAACAAACUGAAUCCUUAUUUUUAUUAUUUGCCUCUAGGGAAUGGCAAAUGGAGAGGGCCUUCCAGACAGCUCUGUGGUUGUUGCAGCCCGAAUUGGUCUUUAUUCUGGGGGACAUCUUUGAUGAAGGAAAGUGGAGCUCUCCCCAGCAAACCAUGGCUUGUCCUGCCCUGCAGUUACUGUGGUGGCUCCAGCCGCGCCUGGUGCUGAGCGGCCACACCCACAGUGCCUGCCACGUGAUCCACAGCGGAGGGGUGCCCGAGGUCAGCGUCCCGUCCUUCAGUUGGAGGAACCGAAACAACCCCAGUUUCAUCAUGGGCAGUAUAACAGCCACAGAUUAUUCCCUCUCCAAGUGCUACCUUCCCCUCGAGGGCACGGUCCUGGCCACCUACUGCGGAGCAGCUGUGGUCCUCCUGGCCCUCUUACUGGCUCACUUUGAGCUUUUAGCUUUGCCUUUCCUUUUUGGCUGGAACCUGCUUAGGAAGCAUAAGGUGAUAUGAAAAGGGGAGAUUAGCAUUUAGUAAUAUCAAAGCCAAAGAAACCGAACUUGGGGCAGUUCUCAUGUUAGAAUCAUAUAGCUGGUAAGUCCAAACAUAGGCCAUCUGUAUGCACAUCAGAGGCAUUCUCAACCACGGAUGUGAAUCUCUGCAGAAUAAAUAAUCUACUGAACUCUUCUCAUGCUAUAAAAAUGGAACAUGUAUUCUACAACAACUCUGUUUUGUCAUUUUUAUCAAAUAUAUGUAUAAUCAAAGACUAUUUGUACAGUAUUGAAGUGCUAAUUCAUCAUUUGCAUGCACUACACGGUCCUGACGCCCCGAGGGGUCUUC